AUGGGCGCCCUUUGGUCUAAGCUUAAACGACCAAGUCCGGAGCCGGACAGUAAAACUGACGAAAAACAAGGUGAAGAGUCGCAGGCCAGAGAGGCCCGACUGGCAGUCGACCAAGCACGACACGAGAGGACUGUCUCGAGGCAGGAUGAGGAGAGGGAGAAGGAGGAGAGGCUGCGUCGUCAUGACGACGAGAUACGAGAGCGUAAACUGGCGAAGGAGUUGAGGGACUAUGAGCUGAAGGAAAAGGAGCGCGCGAAACGGGAGCAAGCGGAGCGGGAGCAAGUGGAGCGGGAGCAACGGGAAAACGAGAAGCGACAACCGCGGAUGGAGGAAAUUGAGACUGUUGAGGAGAGCUUUGACGAGUCGGCAAUCUACGCGAAAGGCACCAAACGUUUCCAGCCAGUGGCCGAUGGUCUGGUCGACUUUGUCUCUGCCGGCGGCGAUCUCUCAGUCCUGUUGAACAGCUACAAAGUGCCGCGAGACUGGGACCAGAAUCGAGCCCAAGAGUUCCCGUUGGGCUUGUUCGAGGUCGAUCGGGAGGGCCAGACCAUCGUCACCUCGACGAUCUACCUGCCCGAUGACAAUCCCGGCACUAAACGCCAUUUUCUCGCCUUCUACGGCCUUCAGGUGCACUACAUCACACCGCCCGACUUCCUCGAAUGGUGCGCCCAGAUGGAGAUGCACAACACCGUCAACGACUAUCUCUCCUUUUAUCACCUCUCGAAGUUCUGCAGCUCCGGCAGCACCAUUCUGCGAGGUCUCUUCAACGCCCCCGGCUCUCUGGGCAUUGAGAUGAGCGACCGGUUUGUAGUCGCCCGAGGCUCGGUCAGGGCGGUCCGUUUCCUGGCCAUCGACAAACGACACGCCAGCAUGCUGACCAACCAAUACCUCAACUCCAUGAAACGCGACAUGGAGAUAGGCACCAUACGUUCUCACGAGUACAGAUUCGACGACUAA